AGCUGUUACACUUUACUUGGGUAUAAACGCAGUAAUUUAACAAAACAAUUGCAAAACGGUUGUCUACCAGUCAUUUACAACAACAGUCUAGAAACAUAUCAUCCACCAUGAAGGUUUUCGUAAUACUGUGUGCCUUUGCUGCUUUCAUGUUUACUGCAGGAGAUCCGGUUCCUGCAGUUUCUCCUGUGCCUGAUGCACCAAGCCUUUCAUCGGAGAAAACUGAAGACGUGGCUGUUGAAGCACCAGCAGUAGUUCCGGAAGCGCCAGAGGUAGCAAGCGAAGAAGUCGCCCCUGAGACCAAGGAAGAACCUGAAGUAGCAAGUGAAGAAGAAGUUGACAGCGGCAGUGACGAAGAAGAAAAACAAGAAGAACAAGAACAAGAACAAGUAGAACAAGGCGAGGGAGAAGAAGAAGAAGUGGAGGACGAAGAAGAAGGGGAUGAUGAGGAUUCAGAAGAAGAGUGAACAUUUUAUGUUUCAUAAACAUAGUUUAUAUGAAAGUGUUCAUAAAAAUCAUGAUUACAAAAAAAUCUUACUAUGUCCCAAAAUGCUGAAUUUAAAUAAAGUAUCUACGAAGUUAC